AUGGACCUUCAGAUAUCUGAUUGAGAUUUUUUUUACUAGCAAGUUAGCUUAGGCAAAGGCUAUCUAAUUGUUUAAAAAACACACUGUAUUGUUUUCUAAUGUAUUAGCUAGGCCUGCUUUAUUAUAACUCGCCGUGUGCUUCACAUUAUAAACCCUACUCACUCUCUCGUCAUCAUGGACGAGGAAUAUUACGAGAGGAAUAUUGGGGACUGGGAUGGUCCGGAUGGCAAUUGAUGUGGACUUUCAUAUAGCAGGACGACUAUGUUGAAGGGGAGAAUGAUGGGAAAGUUCAGGAGGACUGCCUACAGAAGUUCUCCAGCAGAGAUUACAUCAUGGAGCCUGCUGUAUUCAACACCCUUAAAACAUAUUUUCAGGCUGGUGGCUCCCCUGAACACGUCAUCCAGCUCCUGUCGGAGAACUACUCCGCUGUGGCCCAGACUGUCAACCUGCUGGCAGAGUGGCUCAUCCAGAUGGGUGUAGAGCCAGCUCAGGUGCAGGAACGGGUAGAGAAUCACUUGAAGAGUCUGCUGAUCAAGCACUUUGACCCCCAGAAGGCUGACUCCAUCUUUACCGUGGAGGGAGAGACUCCUGCCUGGCUGGAACAGAUGAUCGCCCACACCACCUGGAGAGACCUUUUCUACAAGCUGGCCGAGGCCCACCCUGACUGUCUGAUGCUCAACUUCACUGUCAAGCUCAUCUCAGACGCGGGCUACCAGGGGGAGAUCACCAGUGUGUCCACGGCGUGCCAGCAGCUGGAGGUGUUCUCCAGGGUCCUGAGAACCUCUCUGGCCACACUGCUGGAUGGAGGAGAGGACAACCUGGAGAAGAACCUGCCAGAGUUCGCUAAGAUGGUGUGUCACGGGGAGCACACUUACCUGUUUGCCCAGGCCAUGAUGUCCAUCAUGUCUCAGGAGGAGCAGGGAGGGUCGGCCAUGCGCAGGAUCGGCCAGGAAGUACAGAAGUCUGCACAUCAGAGGGGGCAUGAUGCCAGUCAGAUCACCCUAGCAUUGGGCACAGCAGCAGCCUACCCUCGAGCUUGCCAGGCCCUGGGCGCAAUGCUGUCCAAAGGGGCACUCAACCCUGCUGACAUCACUGUGCUCUUCAAGAUGUUCAGCAGCAUGGACCCGCCUCCCGUAGAGCUGAUUCGAGUGCCUGCCUUCCUGGACCUGUUUAUGCAGUCGCUGUUCAAGCCAGGCUCCAAGAUCAACCAGGACCAUAAACACAAAUACAUUCACAUCCUGGCCUACGCUGCCAGUGUGGUCGAGACAUGGAAAAAGAACAAGCGAGUGAACAUCAACAAGGAUGAGCUCAAGUCCACCUCCAAGGCCAUUGAGACGGUCCAUAACCUGUGUUGCAAUGAGAACAAAGGAGCCACAGAACUGGUGGCUGAGCUCAGCACUCUGUACCAGUGCAUCCGGUUCCCGGUUGUUGCCAUGGGGGUGCUGAAAUGGGUUGAUUGGACGGUCUCUGAGCCCCGCUACUUCCAGCUCCAGACAGACCACACCCCUGUCCAUCUAGCGCUUCUGGAUGAGAUCAGCACCUGUCACCAGCUCCUGCACCCACAGGUCCUCCAGCUGCUGAUCAAGCUAUUUGAGACAGAACACUCCCAGCUUGACGUCAUGGAGCAGAUGGAGCUGAAGAAGACCCUGUUGGAUCGUAUGGUCCACCUGCUGAGUCGGGGCUACGUGUUGCCUGUGGUCGGAUACAUCCGCAAGUGCCUGGAGAAGCUCAACACGGACAUCUCUCUCAUUCGCUACUUCGUAACAGAAGUGUUGGAUGUGAUUGCCCCGCCAUACACUUCAGACUUUGUCCAGCUGUUCCUGCCCAUCCUGGAGAAUGACAGCAUCGCUGGAACCAUUCGGACAGAGGGAGAACAUGACCCUGUUGCAGAGUUCAUAGCUCACUGCAAAUCCAACUUCAUCAUGAUGAACUGAGAAUGACACUGGUUCGGUUUAACUUGACUGAGGAUGUAGCGGGAAGACCAGAACCUUUUGGUUAUGAGCUGAACGAGGACUGGAACAUUGCCAAUUGAGGCCGACGGCUGACCACUUGGGUGUUUCACCUGCAACUUUUUAUUUUCAAAUGUGGUGCAACAUGACUUUCAGAAUUAGGAUGUAGUGUAUUAUUGCAUGUCUGGGAGGUAUGUGAAGAACUCGUGCAGCUCCAUUCGUUUCACUGUAGUUUCCAUUAGUAUGAGCUAAAGUUGUCCAUUUUCUGUUAAUAUGUAUGACUGACUGCUCAAAAGGUUUGGCCUUUUUCAUGGUUGCCCUUUUCAAUUUGACAAGAAUCUUGCAUCAUUUAUUUUGAGGUGGUUCAGAAAAUGCAUCAACUAUUACAACAAGUUUCUGUAACAGGCCUGGAUUCAAACAAAUUGAACUGUGGAAACUGUCAUGAAGACAAGUGCAGUGAGAUGUCAGUGCAUUUGUUUGAAAACUGGCCUGUUACAGAAACUUGUUGUAAUAGUUGAUGCAAAUUUGCAUACAACAAAAGACAAGUGGCAUCAGAAUUGAUCAAAGCUUCAACAUUUACAGCCACAAUUAGUUCUUCCUAUCCUUUUGAGCUUAAGCUAAUUGUGCAUCUAAUAUCAGCAUUUGUACAUAAUGACUUGUUCAGUAACAUUUUGUAUAAGAAAAAGAUCCGAAAGCACAUCAAGGCAACAUUUUU